AGAGUUCACUCUUAACCUGUGUGGUUUCCUGCAAGUCACAAGGGAUCUCUUUGCUUUUUCCGCUUGUGUGUCAGUCAGGAUGAAGCUGCUGUUGGUUGCUGCUGCUGCUCUGGCUGUGGCCAGCUGUGCCAGUGUCUCCCUGGAAGACCUGGAGUUCCACGCCUGGAAACUCAAGUUUGGAAGGUCCUACAGCUCUCCAUCAGAGGAGGCUCACCGCAGGCAAAUCUGGCUAAGCAACCGCAAACUGGUGCUGGUACACAAUAUCAUGGCUGAUCAGGGCAUCAAGUCCUACCGCCUUGGCAUGACCUACUUUGCUGACUUGGAAAAUGAGGAGUUCAAACACCUGAUUUCCAUGGGCUGCCUGGGCUCUUUCAAUGCUUCUGUGCCUCGCCGUGGCUCUGCCUUCCUCCCGAUGCCUGAAGGCACUGAUCUGCCAAGUGCCGUAGACUGGAGGGACAAGGGAUACGUCACUGAUGUCAAGGAUCAGAAGGAGUGUGGCUCCUGCUGGGCCUUCAGUGCAACUGGCGCUCUGGAGGGCCAGAACUUCAGGAAGACAGGGAAACUGGUGUCCCUGAGUGAGCAGCAGUUAGUUGACUGCUCUGGUGACUAUGGCAACAUGGGUUGCGCAGGAGGCUUGAUGGACGAUGCCUUUCGAUACAUCCAAGCCAAUGGAGGUAUUGACACAGAGGACUCUUACCCCUAUGAGGCAGAGGAUGGACAGUGCCGUUACAACCCUGCCACUAUUGGUGCUAAAUGCACAGGCUAUGUUGACAUAAGAGAAGGUGAUGAAGAUGCCCUGAAGGAGGCUGUGGCCACCAUCGGACCUGUGUCUGUAGGCAUUGAUGCUUCUCAAGUGUCCUUCCAGCUCUACGAUUCAGGAGUGUAUGAUGAGCCAGAUUGCAGCAGCACAGAGUUGGACCAUGGUGUCCUGGCUGUGGGUUAUGGCAGUAAGAAUGGUCAAGACUUUUGGCUGGUGAAGAACAGCUGGGGUCUGCAAUGGGGAGACAAGGGAUACAUCAUGAUGUCCAGGAACAAACACAACCAGUGUGGCAUUGCAACUGCAGCCAGCUACCCCCUGGUCUGAGCAGGUCCAGGACUUUCCUCCAUGAGGAGGAGAACAGUCACACAUAAUUCACUUUAAUUUCAUUAAGAAAUGGACUUAUGGAACAAAAUGUACUGUUGUUGUUCCUUGAAAGUUAGCGGGGUCUAAUUUCUGUGCCCUGUUGCACUUUUGGUAGAAUAACUUUUUUUUAAAAUGAUGAUUGUAAAUAUAUGUAAAAACAAUAAAACAAACAUUUAUGUGUUUGU